GACGAAGCCUUCAGUACUGCAAAGAAGUGCACGCCCAUGGUUGAGUUCAUGUUGGCCAAGGAGGAUGUCCAUCCGGACGUAGUCAAGGAACUGGGCGUAGCCGGGCAAGCUUUCCUUGUUUUGGAGGAGCAGGCCAGGGAGGGGUACAUGAGGGCGGAUGCCCUGGUCAACUGCAUUCAGGGUAUCAAGCUCGUCCGCAGGACCUUCUUCAAGGAUGGCAAUAUCUCGGAGUACCCUGACCCAAUGGUGCCGCUCUCGGCCGACAUCGUGGACAAGAUGGAGUUCUUCGUGGGCCUGGUUGACCUCUUUCGUCAUGUACUUCAAGAUCGUGUAUGCGAAUGCCAACCUCAAGUACGGCGGCUUCGGCGCAAUCUGAGGCUGGAGAUCAAGAAGAGCACAGAGUUCGUGGAGUCACUACUAAUUCUAGUUCAAGAACCGUUGUGAUGUUUUCUUUCCUACUAGGAACCUCCUAAACAUAACAGUUGCGUUCAAGCAA